AUGGAGGCUGCAAAUGAGACCGCGGACUCUCCCCCCGCGACACCCGCCGGAUUUUCCCCGGCCCCAACAACCUCACAGGGUGCACAGGGGACGCUGGAUGGGGAUCUGCGAGCUCUCCUGCCCAACUUGCUUACCAAGGCAGACCUGGAGGCGCUUUCUGAUCGCCUCAGUAAAGUAAUCCGGGAUGAACUGGCACAG